AUGGCGAGCACCAUGGCCUCAUCCGCCAACGCAUCCUCCAACAAGAAGUCUUCCGCCCCGUCCAGCUCUACCAACAACGCCAACGUCAUCAAGCGCCUGCAAUCCGAACUAAUGACCCUAAUGCUCUCCCCCACCCCCGGCAUCAGCGCCUUCCCCUCCGACACCGACAUGACCCGCUGGUCCGCCACCGUCCUCGGCCCCAGCAGCACCCCCUACGAAAACCUCACCUUCAAACUCUCCCUCGCCUACCCCUCCAACUACCCCUACGCCCCGCCAGAAGUCCUCUUCACGACCCCAGUGUACCAUCCGAACGUGGAUAUGGCUGGGAGGAUCUGUCUGGACAUUCUGAAGCCGGCGGGGAAGGGGGGUGAGGGGGCGUGGAGCGCGGUGUUGAAUACGGGGAGUGUGCUGUUAAGUAUUCAGAGUUUGUUGGGGGAGCCGAAUAAUUCGAGCCCGUUGAAUGGGGAGGCGGCGCUGUUGUGGGAUCGGGAUCAGGUCGAGUACAAGAAGAAGGUGCUUGCGCGCCACCAGGAGCCGGCGGAGCUGGAGGCGAAUGGGUCAUGA